AUGUUUGGAAAGAAAGAGAAUGCACCGUCUUCGGACUUUGAGAAGACGGACCCUGUCCCUCGUUACGACAACACCUACGAUGACGACCCAGCGCUCGUUCAGUGUCCACCAAACACUACAGAAUCCAAACUCGUGGCCAAAAUCGACCUCCAUGUUAUUCCUUUUCUCUGCAUCAUGUAUCUUCUGGCCUUCCUGGAUCGUGUCAAUAUCGCAAACGCAAACGUCUUUGGACUCAGCGUCGAACUCGACUUACUACGGGACAACCGCUACAAUACUGCCCUGGUCAUCUUCUUCAUUCCGUACAUCCUGUUCGAAAUCCCUUCCAAUGUGCUCCUCAAGAAGAUGAAGCCUCGAGUCUGGCUCAGUAUCUGUAUGUUUGGCUUCGGACUUGUAACUAUGCUACAAGGCUUCGUGCAGAACUACGCUGGUUUACUUGCGACUCGAUUUUUUCUCGGUCUAUUUGAAACCGGCAUGUUCCCCGGUGCGUUCUACUUAAUCGGCAUGUGGUACCGGAGACACGAGGCGCAGAAGCGAUACUCGUUCUUCUUCAGCUCAACAACUCUGGCCGGAGCUUUUGGCGGGUUGUUAGCCUCUGCAAUUGGCAAGAUGGAAGGUAUUUCGGGAUACCGUGGGUGGAGAUGGAUCUUUAUUCUCGAAGGACUCUUGACCGUUCUAGUUUCCUUCGCAUUCUUCUUCUUGCUUCCAAACUUUCCAGAGGAAGUUAAGUGGCUUUCGGAGCCCGAACGCGCCUUCGUCAAAGCCAGGCUCCAGAUCGAUCAAGGGCGCUCCGCGCGCGAACGACCCAUAAAAGCCAAGGAUGUGGCGAACAUCUUCAAAGAUCCCAAAAUCCUGCUCGGCGGACUCAUGUACUUUGGCUUGAUCGUUCCCGCCUAUGGAUAUGCCUACUUCUCCCCGACUAUUAUCCAGGAUUUCGGCUACUCUCCUAUCCAAACACAACUUCACAGUGUUCCCCCAUGGGCUGCCGCGUUUGGCUUCUCGAUGCUUGUUGCGUGGUUCUCAGACAGGCUCAAGCACCGCUUCAUGUUCGCCAUUUUCCCUAUUGCUGUCUGUAUCGCCGGUUUCGCUAUUCUCAUCUCUGUGCACGACAAUCGCAACCUACAGUACGCGGCGCUCUUCCUAGUAGCGAUGGGGGCCUACACCGCUAUGCCAGUCAUCGUAUGUUGGUUCAACAUGAACUUGGGUGGCCACCACCGUCGAGCUGUGGGAAGUGCAUGGCAGGUUGGUUUUGGUAACAUUGGUGGUAUUAUUGCAGUCUAUUCAUUCUUGAAGAAAGAUGCGCCGAAGUAUACAAGAGGAUACUCAAUCGCUAUCGGUUUUGUAUGCCUCAGUGGAUUGAGUUGCUGCGCGUACUUUGUCAUGUGCAGCUGGGCAAAUCGGAAGAGGAACAAGAGCGUCAGGGAUGUUGGGUUGACGGAGUACGAAAAGACCGAGAUGGGCGACCUGAACCCGGAAUACCGCUACCUCUUGUAG